UCCUCCAGUGUGGCGCCACUACUCACAACGUGACAACUGCUCACCACGUGAAAACACUGCUCUCUUUCUCAGUCAAUUAACCAAUCCAGCACUCCGUGAUUAAUGUUGUGGGAUGAGGCUGGCGGGUCCUGUGGUGGGACUAGUUCACCUCCUCUACUGAAGACAACUUUGUAACCUCUGGCCAGGACUACCACCACAGUGCGUUGGUCUUGUGAAGGGAGACCACAGACCUUGACCAAGGUGUACUGGGUGAUUUUGUGAGUAAACUGCAGGAAGAAUAGAGCGAGAUUACGAUGUCAGUUUAACAGAAAAUGAGGCAAGGAUUCUGUGGAUUCCAAGAAAAUCAAAAGCAAAUAAAUCUACUUAAUAUGUUAAGCAAGAUCAUUUAUCAUGUGUUCUCCAGGCGUGGUUACAGCCGCCAUGGCGCCCAAGACUCGCAUACUACUUUACUUACAUCAGUGUGGCUAAUAUCUGCAGACAUCUGUGUGGCUAAUAUCUGCAGACAUCUGUGUGGCUAAUAUCUGCAGACAUCUGUGUGGCUAAUAUCUGCAGACAUCUGUGUGGCUAAUAUCUGCAGCACCGUUGUCGCCAUGAGCCGCCAGCCCGCCACCAUCGUCCUCACUCCUGCCAUGGAGCGGAGGUUCUCCAAGGAGAGAAAGAAGGCAGCUAUGGUCACUCAGGAGAAUGUUAGCCUCAAAUCGAUCCAGGAACGCAGGGAACGCCUGGAAGCCUUACUCCAGAGUCGCCGCUUGCCGCCAAUUUCUCCAGCUUCCUCCAGCACCACUAGCAGCAGGAGCAACGGCAACACCCCCGCUAACAGUAGGACCAACGGCAAUACCCCUGUUAACAGUAGAACCAACGGCAACACCCCCGUUAACAGUAGAACCAACGGCAACACCCCCGUUAACAGCAAGACCAACGACAACACCCCCGCUAACAGCAGGACCAACGGCAACACUCCUGCCGUCAGCAAGUCCUCGAGCAGGUCUCCUAGCACGUCCCUCUCGCCAAACUGGAAGGAAGAGACCAAGCCCGAGAAGCUGCCAACACCGCAGCCUAGAAUACCUAAAAUACAACUCGCACCCAUACAACCUCCAAAAGGCCGCAUGAGUCGAGCGCAGGAAGUGAGGCUACAACAGCAGCAACGGAAGGAGAGGCUGGAACUGAACCUCCAGCAGCAGCAGAUUAAGCACCAACAGCAAAAGCAGCUGCAGCAGCAGCAGAUACAGAAGCAACAGAAGAUUAAGGAGGAGAGGGCGCAACGAGCGAAGGAGGCAAAGGAGGAGCGAGUUGCGCACCCGGCACCACCGCAGGUGAAGGAAGAGGAGGAAAAGGAACGCACCUCUCACCCGGCCACGCUGGAACAGAUGCAGCAAAUGCAUGAACAGAUGACCGCAGAAAUACACCUCCUCAUGCAGCAACAGAUGCAGAAAAUGCAGCAGCUGUUACAACAGAAGAAGGAACACCAGAUGCGCAAACAGAAGAAACAGGAGUAUCAAGAGCAGCAGAGAAUGCAACAAAGAAUGCAAGAGUCCGUCGAGGAGGAGAACAAGAAGAGAACAGCACCAGAUGAAGACUCUGAUCCUGACCCUCCUGGGCCUGAUGCUCCUCCCUCUCCCAGUCUUGAUAGUCUUCCUACGACCGUCCAAGAUGAGGAAGGAAGUCAAAUAACCGGAAACGCUCAAGAAGAAGUUACUGAUGAUCCCAAGGACAAAGAAGAAAAUGUGGAAGGAGCGGGAGUGAAUGAUGAAGGACCGCCAGAUGAAGCAGCAGGUGAAGCAGCAGGUGAAGCAGCAGGUGAAGCAGCAGGUGAAGCAGAAGAACAAGAGGAGGAGGAAGAUGACAUCUCAGAUGAGGUGGAGGAGCUGGUGGCAGGUAUCGGCAGUGAGGACCGGCGCCGCCAGCUGGCCAACACAGAGAAGGCCCGGGCUCUCCUCUCCUCCAGUAAGCCCCCCAUCAGGCAGCUCAUCCAGGCCGGCAUACUUCCACCGCUCGUCGCCUGUAUGGACAAGAGUGACAGUCCGGAGCUGCAGGUGGAGGCGGCGUGGGCCGUGACCAACAUCGCCUCCGGAGCCUCCAAGAACACCAGGGCGGUUGUCGAGGCGGGAGCGGUGACGGUGCUGGUGCGGCUGCUGGCCUCCCCGGACAUGUGCGUCAAGGAGCAGGCCGUGUGGGCGCUGGCCAACAUUGUGGGAGACGGCGCCCAGUACAGGGACACGGCCAUCAAGGAGGGCAUCGUCAAGCCUCUCAUCAACCUCCUCCAUAUUACUACGCCAUUGUCGCUACGGCGUCAGGUGUGUUGGGUGAUCACCAACCUCUUCCGUGUCAAGAACCCGACCAUCUCCCCCGAGGAGCGCCGGGAGUGUGCCCACGCACUCAAGGAGCUGGUGGGCCACCUCGACACCCAGGUCCAAGCUGACGCUCUGUGGGGCGUGGCCUACUACGCGGACAUGGGCCACAAGGCCAUCGACGAGCUGGUGGAGUGCGGCCUGGUGCGCGACAUGGUGCAGCGCCUCUACUCUGACAACGAGAGGGUCGUCACUGCCGCCCUCAGGGCUACCGGCAGCGUAGCGGCCGGCACUAAUGAACAAACAGACGCUGUAGUGCAGGCGGGGGCUCUACCCAUCUAUCGGGAGAUGGUGAAUCGUGACAACCCAGGCGUGGCCAGAGAGGCUGCCUGGAUCCUCUCCAAUAUUACCGCUGGCACAGCCCGCCAUAUUCAGCUCGUUAUCGACGUCCAGGUGGUUCCCGCUCUAAUUGCUGCCUUGGAGAAGAACGAUGCGGAGCUUCGGAAGGAGGCGACGUGGGCGUUGUCAAACCUGACGUCUGGGUGCACGACGGAGCAGCUGGGAGUGCUGGUGAACAUGGGUCUGGUAGCCGCCUUCUGCACGGUCCUGGCUGGUGACGACCCCGGCAUGGUGCUCGUCGCUCUCGACGCUUUCAAUAACAUCUUCAAGAAAACCGAGAAGGAUGAGCCCAUCGUGCGGAUGGUGGAGAGUCACGGGGGCGUGAAGAGCCUCCAGGCCCUGGAGACACACCAGGAGGCUCAGAUCUCCAAGAUGGCCACGUAUCUAAUGCAGUCCUUCUUCCAGAAUGUCAAAAGUGGCUAGUGGGAAGUACCUUACCGGAGAGACGCUGACCACUAGACAAAGACUGGAAGAUGCUCACUUUUGUGCCUUAAUUCUUUAACGUGUCAGGAGCAACCAGCUUUGUCCUUGUGUUGGGAUGAUUAAUAUAUUUCAACUCAUCCUCCUAUUUAAAAUGUACGUUUUGUAACUAUGUACACCAUAGUACAAAUAUUGACAUACUAAGCAAUUAAUAGAAUUUUGUAUUAUUAACUAGUCCGAAAAAUUAAGCUAAAAAAGCAACUCAAAUAUUCCUAUUAAAGCGGACACAUGUACUAUAUUGGGUCUCAGAUAGCGUGUAUUAGGCCCAGGAAGGUUAGGUUAGUUUAUCUUGGCGACAUAGAACAAAAAUUCCGGUUUCUCCAAAUUCAGUCGUACUGUACCGGGUUGCCCCCUCCCCGCUCAGCUCGUUGUCGCCGUGUGGGGGCUUAGUGGGCGGCUGCCGGAGUGUGAUGCUCCUUGGGACAGUCCUCUGUCCUUUUCUAGC